AUGAAGCGCUCCGUCACCAUUAUCAGCAUGCUCGCCUUCUCCUCCGCGCUGACGCUCACCCCGCGAGCCGCAGAAGGCGACCCCGUCGUCGAAUGCGGCAAUCUCGAUGUCAUGACCAUCGACCCUGUCGACCUCCCCGCGGGCGUUGCCCUCAGCGACGUCCGCAAAUGCCUGGACCACCCGCUCGGCCGGAACCGACACGUCAAGGGUGCGUCGCUGGCGCCGCUCGACGCGGUCGAUGCCUCAUUCUACAACAGCGCGGUAGACACAGGCACCAGCCCCGUAGAGCCUCGCUCAGACAGCCUCGGCGUUUUUGAGGAACGAGCGUGCUACAAAGACGCCCCGUACGGGUGCUCUGGGGGGUAUUGCUGGAAGGCCUGCGGGAAUAUUAACAAGGGAGAGUGGUGCUGGACAGCUAAGAAGGCCGGUUUGGGCGCCUGGAUUAAGUGUAAUCCGAUGCCUGAAUGCAUUGCUCCCUUAGCGUUGAAAAUUUGUCCGUCCCUGUUGUCUACAUUCCCUGCAAGAUUUUCCUUAGCAGUAACGCCGGAAGAAGUCCUUUCUCGAGGUCUUAGUUCAUUCCCCAUUUCCACUCCACACGAUUCCUACAAGAAGUGUUUCAAUCUACACCCAUGCUUCUACGGAAACGAGAUCCUGAGGUUCUCAUAUGAGUUUCAGUUCCCCGAGUCAUGUAUCCUUCGGCGGCCAAAAAACGGGCGCGUUCAGCCCACUCAAGCGCCGAUGGUUGCGGUUGACACAUCCUGCGAGGAGCCCGUCAGCGUUCGGUUACUUGGACAACUUGUGGUAUGA